AUGCUUGAAUAUGAUAAGUUACAUCCAUUCCAGUGCUCCGACAAAACAAUCAAUAAUGAAUAUCUUCCAAAAUUCUACAAGUAUUGGCCUGAUCUAUCCCCGGAUUGUUCAUAUGUUUCUAAUCCAUACCUUAUAGCAUACUUCAGCAAUUAUAUUAAGAAUGAAUUAUCAGAUUUAAUAAAGGAAGUUGAAAAAAAGCAUCAUUAUGAGGUCAUAAUUUACAAAGCAUACGCUCCGUUUGCCGUUCAUAAAGAUCCAGAAAAAUUAAACGAAGUUAUCGUUAUUUACAAGUCAGGUCCAUCUAUCGAAAAGUAUUAUGGUUGUUUUGUUAUACAUUUGAAUAUGCAUGAAGCCACAAGUUUACUUGAGGUUUUAAGAUUUUUUACUUCGCGGAUUAGUUUUGAAAAGCCUCCAUUUGAAGUUGUAAAAACAGAAUAUAUAAAAGAUUGCCCUUACUUUUAUAAACCCAGCCUUAAUGAAAUUUCAAAGAUUCCUUUAGGUCGAGUUCCACAUUUUGACAACGUUUAUACAGAGAAAUCACUUCAAACACGUGAUUUAUUUUAUUUUGGUCUUAUUUCAUUACACAAUUCUGGUUCAAGAAUUGAUUAUUAUCAAUUAUACAAAACAUUCUUUUCUAAAGAAAUUAAAUUCCGAAAGAUUGAUUUCAAACCAGAUGGAAGUAUCAUCGAACACCCUGAUGAGAAUAAAAAUAUAUGUAACAAAACCAAGUCACUUUCUCCUCCAAGUAUGAGAAGACAAGGUUAUCAGAAGAUCCUAACAAUUAUGAAUCCUUAA